AAGCUUUGACACCCCGGGAAGUGUGUGCGUUCGGGUGGAGUGUGUCUGUCAUAAACGAUAUCUUUCUAAAAAAACAGAUAUUAUGUAACGUAUUAGAGACAGACUCCACAUCCAAGGACAAAGAUGGCCUCGCUUGAGUCCCAUCCUCCCCCUUCGCCUCGCCUUGUGCCGACAGACUUUCCCCCGCCUCGACCUCCUCCUCCGGAAGACGAGGAGGCUCUGGCGAAGAUCCUGCAGUCUCCGCGCCGGGAAGGACUCUGCGUCGUCUACUUGUCCUCGAGUCCUCCGCCGAGUCCCACGGAUUUCCUCUCCGCUGCCGAAAGGGACGGCGAAGGCGAGGGCGAUUGUGCCAAGACUUUCUAUGUCCCGGUGAGGCCGAGGCGGCAGAGGUCACGAGGAAGAAGCGACGGGGGCAGCAGUGGGGCGACGUCUCCGCAGAGAAACGUCCUGACGACUUCGCAGGGCUCUUGCGUCAUCUCGGUCGUCAGCGAGCAGCAAAUUACAAGUGAUGCGGCGGAAAGCAAAAGAGAAAGUGGCAGCGGCGAGCGGACGGAGCGUCGAUACAGCGCCGCGUCGGAGUCGUUCGCGCGACACGAGCCGAGCGCCAGGAUAGUGCUGAAGGGGUCCAUCGCGUUCACGCACGAUAACGGCGACGGCAGCGACGACGACCGCGCCGCCGCGACGCAGAGCGACUCCUCCAAGGCAUCGCAACGAAACGACUUGCAGGACGACGCCUUCUGUGACGGCAGCGGCGAUGACGACGGCGUGGCCACGAGGCCCAGCAGACACAGCAGCAAGUCCUACGUGGAGAGCUACCUUCCGGAGCCGCCCCCGAGAAGACGCCGAUCCCGCUCCCGCCUCUCCAGCGACUCCGCCAUCUACCUGAAGGGCGAGGGAAGCAGCCAGGGCUUCCAGAGUCCGUCCCUCCUCGACAUUCCUUUCGACCUUUCGCCGCGCGCGCCCGAGGACUCGCCGGGAAGACCCUGGGACGACCCUCCCCCGGGGGACUCGGACGGCCGCUGCAGCACCAGCCUGGUCAUCACCUUCGGCUACGGUCAGCGGGAGGAGGAGGAGGAGGAGGAUAAUGAUGAGGGUCUGGCGACCUUAUCAGAUCCCGGGGACACGGAGGAUGACAGCGUCUUUGUCGGGGAUGUUCUUGAGACGCAGCAGGCACCCGCGGCUGCCGGGGACGCUAUCAUCAGCUCCUUCUCCUCCCACUCUUCUUUCUCAAGCCAUUCCUGACCCGCGGGAAGAGGUACUCCGCCAGUGACUUUAUUCGAGACACGAUUUUAGCUCCAGUGGAUAAUGAGCUUAGUAAUGGCAGCUCAGUGAAUCCAGUCACCUCUCUUCCGCCAUUCGCCGACGUGCCGGACACGAGUAAAAAGAAAAGGAUGA